UGAAGCGGCGCGAAUUUCUACGAGAAGCAGGAAAAUAUUUUUAGCUGUCAACUUUUUUUUUUUUUCGUGAUUAUUUUAUAAUUUUUCAUAAAGCAUGUUGAAUUUGAAUUGUGUUAUAUGCGCGGAACUGUUCACGCCAUCCGAUGAAGUCUACGUUACUUCCUGUGGGCAUAUGUUUCACCACACUUGCCUCAUGCAAUGGCUCGAGCGCUCAAAAACUUGUCCACAAUGCCGCAACAAAUGCACAACUCGCAAUAUAUUGCGUGUGUAUUUCAAUGUAGCCAAUUUAGAUACCAGUCGCAUCGAUGUUGGCUCGCUGCAGGAGCAAUUGGACAAUGCUAAUUUGGCCAUUCAAUUGAAGGACAGGGAACAAAAAAAAGCUGAACAACGUUUGAGGGAGCUAAAGGACAUUCAAAAGAAGUGCUUAAAAACUAUAAGUGGCUUGGAGGCCAAGGUGAGGAACAAUGAAUUUACCAUUACCAGCUAUGUAGAGCAGUUGAGAAUGCUUAAAAACGAGGUAUUGAUCAUGGACGCCGUGCGCAAGGAGAACAAUAUGUUGAAGGAGAACAUCAACUUAUUUGAAAGCGUUGCAGCUAUGUUAACAGCAACCGCUUCCGAUACUGAAAAUUUGCUGAGUAACGAAUCGAAUCCUCGAGUCUUAGCCAGUUGGGUUUCGACACUGAAGCGCGAGCUGCGCCAAUGCGAAUCCAAGAAGGUGGAAUUGCGCAAUGUGAUCAAAACUGUACAGGCUGAUCUACGCCGUGAGCUGGACUCGAAACGUCAGCUGGAAGAGCAAGUCUCACAGCUAGAGAGCGAUCUGUAUCGUACACAACAGAAGCUUAAGAUAAAUAAGACUAAGCCAAUAGAAUUGGAUGCUUUAAAUAAUUCCUUAGGACUUAACACCAACCUUAUAGCAAUAAAGCAAGAGGACAGGCGCAACACUAUCUCACCAACAACUAAAGAGAACAUCAAGCGCAUUGAGGAGUCAACCUCACCCUACCUGAAUAUCAAAUCGAGCAGCGUUGGCAUUUCCCAUUUGCUCAAACCUCCCGAGCUGAGCAUGACCAAAAUCUCGCCGAUCAAGAGUGGAUCAGGCAUUAGCAUGGCCUCGCAUGGCGUCAUACGUAAGACUCACAGUGAUCUUAGCGAAAAGUAUUCGAUAUUCAAGAAACCUCGCCUCUUGAUGACCGGCACCUCCAGCUCGUCGGCUGCAAUGGGGUCAAAUUUCGCAUACAAUGGCAUGGGCGGUUCGGAGAAGAUAGAUCCAUUUUUGCAGCGUGAUGAGGAGGAGAACGAGCAGCAGAACUUGCCAACGCCUAAACCAUCAACAAUUAAUUCACGCUUGAAGGCGGGCUCGCUGCGUAACUUCAAGUUAACUAAAUGAAAAUAGUUAGAAUAGCCAGAAGAAAAACAAGACUGCAACAACU